UUAAAAACACAACCCAGAAAUGAUAUCUUGUUUUUGGGUAGUUAUAGCCCUCUACAAUAUAUACACAUCAAAUGCUUCCCAGAUUACUACCAAUAAUUCUGUUACGAAGACCAUUAUUAGCCUUGGAACAUCCCAACAACUCUACGAUGGUGAAACUUUAGUCUCUUCUAACCAACGGUUUGAAUUAGGAUUUUUUUGUCCUUCAAAUCCAUGUAAAGAGGUAAAGUUUUUGGGUAUUUGGUACAAAAAUAUAUCACCGUUAACCGUUGUUUGGGUCGCUAAUCGAAGAAGGCCAAUUCGAAGAGCAUUAACCGGAGUACAUUUGGUAUUAAAUGAUAAUGCGGUUAUUUUUAUACAAGAUGGUAAUAAAAGAGUCAUAUGGAAGAAAGCUCCCAAAAUUAGUUACUCUCCUAAUUUUGUGAACCAUAAACAACCCGUUUUACAACUUUUGGAUUCCGGGAAUCUUGUUGUUCGAGAUUGUAACAAUUCGUCUUGUGGAGGUAAUAAUUAUAUAUUUGAAAGUUUUGAUUAUCCGGGAGAUACAUUAUUGCCUGGGAUGGAACUCAGUCUAGAUUACGGGACUAGGCUAGGAUAUCGCGCAAUCACGUCAUGGAGAAAAAAAGAUGAUCCAUUUGAUGGGGAUUUUAGUUUUGGCUUUGAUAGGUCGGUUCAAGCGCCACAACUAGUGCUAACAAAAGAGAACAGGGUUAGACUCUCGCGAUGGGGGCCGUGGGAUGGUACAAAAUUUAGUGGUAUGAAUUCGUUAUUUGAUAAUUCAAUCUUGUUGACCAAAAUGAGGUUUGAUGAUGAUCAAGUCUCUUUGAAGUUUGACGUGUCAAACAAGUCGAUGCUAUUAAGGUUUGUCUUGAGUCCCUUAGGGAGUCUUCAGUUCCUUUGGUGGAAAGGUAUGAAUGAAGGAUGGAUAACAAUCUUAACACUAAAUAAAGAUAACUGUGACCGAAUCGGAUCAUGUGGAUCGUAUGGUAUAUGUUAUAGUGAUGAUCCAAGUUGUAGAUGUUUGGAAAAAGGUUUCAAGGCAAUUUCAUCAAUAGAUUGGUGUGGAUUUGAGUGCUCAAGCGGAUGCAAAAGAAAUAAUGAUUUGAAUUGUCGCCAUGGAGAUGGGUUUUUAAAGUAUGAACAAAUGAAGUUACCAGACAAUUCAACUAUUUGGGGAACUUUAAGCAUGGAAGAAUGUGAGAACCAGUGUAGGAAAAGUUGCAAUUGUAUGGCAUAUACAACUUUGAACAUGUAUGGCAAUGGGAGUAUUUGUGUGGCGUGGUUCGACGAUCUCAUUGAUUUACGAGUAAUUCAUGGAGGUGGCAAUGAUCUUUACAUACGUAUGUCACACGUUGAGCUAGAUUCCAUGAUGCCCAAGAAAAGAAAGAAAGUAAUGAUGGUUAUGGCUAUCGUUCUCUUGUCUACAACCUCUUGUGCACUUCUAAUGGCUAUUAUAUACCGAUAUGUUUACUUGAUUAAAAUAUCAAAAACAAAAGCAACAGUGCAGGAACAUAAUCCAUUGACUGAAUUUGGUUCUCAAGAGGAAGAUACAGAUUGCCAUUUCUUUGAAUUAGAUGAAAUUGCCAUUGCAACACAUAAUUUCUCUAGCUCUAAUGAGAUCGGUGAAGGAGGAUUUGGUAGGGUAUAUAAGGGUGAAUUAGCACGGGGGGAAGAAGUGGCCGUGAAGAGAUUAGCUGAGAGUUCUUGGCAAGGCAUACAAGAAUUCAAGAAUGAAGUCACUUUGAUUGCAAAACUACAACAUCGGAACCUUGUGAAGCUUUUGGGCUAUUGUAUCCAUGGAAAUGAAAGGUUACUAGUUUAUGAAUACCUUCCAAAUCACAGCCUAGACCAUAUCAUUUUUGAUCAAGUUAAGAAAAGACUCUUACUAUGGGACGAUCGUUUCAAAAUUAUCAAAGGAGUGGCAAAAGGGAUUUUGUAUCUACACGAUGAUUCUAGACUAAGAGUAAUACAUCGUGACCUAAAAGCAAGCAAUAUUCUACUUGAUAAAGAAAUGAACCCCAAGAUUUCUGAUUUUGGAUUGGCAAGAAUUCUCGCAAGUGAGAAAGAGGAAACUACAAACCGAGUGAUUGGCACACAUGGUUAUAUGUCUCCCGAGUACAUAAUGAACGGGAAUUUUUCAACCAAAUCAGAUGUGUAUAGCUUUGGUGUACUGGUCUUGGAGAUAAUAAGUGGAAAAAAGAAUUGGGGAUUUCAUCACCCCGACCACAAUCUAAACUUGUUAGGGCAUGCAUGGAAAUUGUGGACUAUAGGGCGACCCUUAGAGCUCAUGGAUUCCGUAUUAGUCGAGUCAACUUUUCAAGAGGAUGAGGUGGUGAAAUGUAUACAUAUUGGUUUGUUAUGUGUUCAAAAACAGCCUGAAGAUCGACCCACAAUGUCUGAGGUUGUCAACAUGCAACAAGGUGAAAAUUUUGUUUUGGUUCGCCAACCGGACGAACCUGGUUUUUAUGCUGGAAGAUCAUUAAUAGGGAUAGGGUUUUCUACAAUAGAAAGAGAUCUUGGUAGUGUAAAUGAGGUAACGAUGACGACAAUAAUUGGCAGAUAGUUUAUAAGAUCAAAACUUUAGAUGAGUGGAGACUAUGCAAAUCUAGAGAAGCGCACAUUUUGUACAAAGAUUGAUAUUUGCAUUCCAUAGUUUCACUAUUAAUUGUUGGGAUGUGAAAGCAAAUAUCAAUCUUUUUAGUUGUUUUUACAUGUAUGUACAAUACCAAAAAACUCUUUAAUGUUAGAUUAUAUUGCACAACAUCUUUACAUA